CCUCUCUGUCUGCAACCACGAUGACUUCUAGAUUGCCCAAGCUCGUUUCAUUUGAUCUCGACUACACGCUCUGGGAUCUGUGGAUAGACACCCAUGUUUCUCCCCCACUGCGCCGUGACGGCGAUGCCGUGAACAGCGUCCGCGAUAGAUAUAAUCAUGAGAUUGCAUUUUACCGCGACGUCCCCGAGAUUCUGCAUCGCCUGCGUGCCGCCGGCGUAAUGAUUGCGGCUUGCUCGCGUACAGGAGCGCCUCCCCUCGCUCGCCAAGCUCUGUCUUUGCUGUUGGUCCCCCCGAAAGCCGGUGACAAGCACGCAUCCCCAACUCCCGCCAUCAAGUUCUUUGAUCAACAAGAGAUCUAUCCAGGAUCGAAGAUCGCGCACUUCAAGAAACUGCACCAGAAGACGGGUUUGCCAUACUCUGAAAUGUUGUUCUUUGAUGAUGAGAGCAGGAACAAAGAGGUCGAGUCAUUAGGUGUUACAUUCUGUCUGGUUCCCAGUGGGCUCAGCGAGCGUGUGUUCCAACACGGAUUGGAUUUGUGGAGGAAGCGUCACCCCGCAGAGGUCAUUGAAGACGCUGCAGGUACAGCAGAGGAGGAUUGAUUGUACUAUUCCAUGAACGGCGAAUCACUCCAGGACUUACGCAUACCAUAGACGGGGGGAUUGGUACGAAAGCUGUACACUCUGCAUACUCCUUGGAACGCGUGGCACUGCAUUCCUUGCCCCACUCCGCCUGGCCCCAAAGAGCAAUACGUAUCGGUCCUGGCGCCUGGUUAUCCUCGAUAUAGUCGGCUUCUGUCCCAGUGCUACGGG